UCGAAUCAUACCCCCACCUUGCGGAAGUAGAUAUUUACGACAUACUGCAAAACGAUUGGAAAAUGGCCAACUUCCUUGUUGACAAGUCGUUUUGACUAAGCGAAGAAAUGUGUGAGAAAUUACUACUUCAGCGUGAGACCGCCAUUGCAUGCCAAAAACCAUGAGACUCAAGGUGAAACCAUUAUACUUGACAGGUUAAUCAUAAAGCUAAAAUGUGGGACUGGAUCCGUAGGAGGGGCAGAAGGCGGCCCAGAACUUCUACCACAGCCCAGUUCAGUUCAAACAGCACAGAGGGAUUAUCAGUUCCAACAAGUUCGGGGAUUUCAAUGUCAGGUUUCUUGAGAAGAACUCGGGAGACCAAUCAGCUGUUCUUUAGACCUUCACAUUUGAUAUCAGAAUUAAGAGAAUCUCAGCCAAAGUGUCUGAGUCACAUGGCGUGCUCAGAUAUAUUGUAUGGGCAGCGUAUCGAGGAUUUCUCAUCAAACUGUUGGCUAGAAAAUCACCUACAUCAGUUUGGUUACCCUCCACGCGAACAUCAAUCAGAAUCUGGGACAUUUUCAACUUUAUUUGAAAUAGAAGACGACAGUAGCACUUCAGAAAGUAGUGAACCUAAUUCAAUAUUCUUUGACAAUGAUGAAACAAAUGACUUUGGACAUCACUCAAGUGUCCGUAGAUUACCGUUAGAACAAUUGUUUGUAUCCCUCGGGGAAAGUGACAGAGAGUCUGAUGAUAGUAACUGUUCGAUUACUUUGCCCAUUGAGGACCCUCCGCCGUAUUGUCCAUAUAACGAUCCGCCCCCAACGUAUGAAGAAGCUGUCGGACAUUACGACAGACAGAGCAACACAAGUCGCUCUUCUACUUCAAGUCUUGCUUUCAUUUGGUGAAAUGUGUAUGGUAGAUGUAGAAAAAUGUCUUUGAGAAACGACCAUAUAGGUCAUGUUAUGAGACAAAUGUCAUGUUUGUCUUUUUGGAUAAAAUGAUGCAUACCGCCUUUUUUUACUGGUACAUGUACAUUGAAGUUUUGACAAAGUUGAUGUACAAAAUAUACAAUAGUAUGUGUUUCCUUUCAAAAUGUCCAUCAUAUAUAAAUGAUAAUUGUUAAAUUGUACAGAAAAAAUAUCUGGAAUAAUAUGCAUAUAUUUUGUUUUUAAAAAGGAUUUGAAAACCAGAAUUAGUGUGUUACAUGUGGAAAAAUAUAUAUUGAGGAUAUGUAUUUUUGUAUAUGGUUGGAAAUAGUUAGGGAUAAUAUGUUCACCAUAUUAAACAUUUACAUGUGAUUUCCCAUCCCAAGUUGAGAUCACUAUCUGAAAGCAUAAUAAUUAUAAUUAUAUGCAAAUAUUAAUUUGUUUGUUCUGCAUUGUGAGCAUUUUUGCAAUAUGGUUAUUUUAAUUAUCUACAUGUAUGUUUAUUAAGAGUUUGCAUAAUAUAUUUUGUUGAUUUAAGUAAAUGGUAGUAUAUUUUCAUUUUUAUGGUUUUUUUGUUGUUAAAUAUUAAAACAUUAUAUUUUUAUGCUCCCAGUAGGGUGGCAUAUAGCAGUUGAACUGUUUGUUAGUCCGUCCGUCCGUCCGUCCGAAAACUUUAACAUUGGCCAUAACUUUUGCAAUAUUGAAGAUAGCAACUUGAUAUUUAGCAGGCAUGUGUAUCUCAUGGAGCUGCACAUUUGAGUGGUAAAAGGUCAAGGUCAUCCUUCAAGGUAAAAGGUCAAAUAUAUGGCUUCAAAGCGGAACAAUAGGGGGAAUUGUGUUUCUGACAAACACAUCUCUUGUUUACACAGGUGGUUAGCGUGUGGCUAUGAUAUUAAUUAGUAAAACAUCAUUUUGAUUAAAAAAUAAUAAAAUUAUAAUGAACAAGAGAUGUGUUUGUCUGAAACACAAUGCCCCCUUCUGCGCCGCUUUGAAGCCAUAUAUUUGACCUUUGACCUUGAAGGAUGACCUUGACCUUUCAUCACUCAAAAUGUGCAGCUCCAUGAGAUACACAUGCAUGCCAAACAUCAAGUUGCUAUCUGAAGCGACAUAGAAGUUAUGAGCGUUUUUCAAAACCUUAAUGCAAAGUGCGACAGAAAGACAGACGGAUGGUCUGAUCACUAUAUGCCAUCCUUCGGGGGCAUAAAAAUCAACUUCUCUGACAAAAAAAUUCACUAUCAAAUGUAUAUGUAACAAGGUACUCAACUCAAAAUGACCCCAAAACAGGGUGCAUUGCUUUGAAAAACCAUAACUUCAUCAAUUGUGCAGCGAUUUCAAUGAACUUGGUCUUAUUCAACGGAAAUGAAUUUCCUUUCUGGAAAUGUACAAAUCUUGUAAUAUGUUUAAAAGUUCUGGGUCAAAUUUUUAAAAAUAACACGACUUGUUCGACCUUCUCGUCAUCGAUCAGACCCGAUUCAAGUAUGAAAUUUUCAGUAGUACAGGCACACCAUUGCGUUAGACCAAUGAAAUUACUUGUGUGUUUAAAAUGUAGUCCAGUUAAAAUGCAUGUGAUCAUAGGUUUCAAACAGCUCUGGACAGUUAUUUUUUAUGCGUAAUGUAAUGGAAAAAACUGUAAGAGUGUUAUUGAAUUAUGGUACCGAGAUCUGUAAACUUUGCAGGGAAAAUGCCCUUUACUCUGUUAAGAUUUCAGUCUUGGAUCAGGUCAGGUUGAUGGCGAGUAGGUUACAAUAGUUGUGUAUUGUGAUAUUUCUUAAAAUUUGACCCACCAUUUGUAUUAUGAUGUACUGAAAUACAUGAUAUAAACAAGGACCUUGCCAAAGGGUUAGUAAAUUUAGCCCGACUAAAAAAUGCCAGAUGGGUUGUGUGGGAGGCAUACAUACAAGUAUGUACCAUUUGGUUUGCAAGCAUUUAUAAACUAAACAUGUUUGUAAUCUCAUAAAUGAAAACCAGAUUUUUUAAAAGCAGUUUAUUGAUAAUUUACAUAAGUGCAAGCAAUGGUAUAAUGUUUUUGCUGUCUUAGUGUGUAUCCAUGACACAAAGUUAAGCCAUCUUUAUUAUUACAUUAUAAAUGUCCAUGUAUUUGCCCUGACAUAUUCUUCACAUAAUGGGAACCCCUGUGUUUUUUUGUCAAUGCUUUUAGCUGUUAAAACUGUAUAGUAUCUGGAAUCAUAUGCUCUUGUUUUCCAAUUGUUUUGUUAAGCUAUGCCAAAAAAGGAAAGGAUGGAUCUAUUUUCAUAUUUUCGACAUGGUCUGCUUUUGACAAAUAGUGUGAAUAAGAUUUAAUAUGUAUUGAUAGGAUAAUAAUUCAGUAAUUUUAAGCUAACUGUUACAUUUUGUUUCAUUUGCUCAGGAAAGACUUUUGAAGUACAGCAAACUGUGUUAAGCGCUGUCAAAUAUUCAGAUAAAUCCGCCAAAAAAGUAUGUCUCAAAACAAUUUAGGUGCUGUGAGAAACAUUGUUUUACAAGAAAUUUGAAAAAUGCACAUGUUAUACAUAUUACUGUCUGACAAAUUGAUUAAAUGUCUGAAAAGAUUAAAAUCUAAUCAGAAAAUAUGUCUGACAGGUUAUUUAAAUUUUGUUGUUAGAUACUCAUACUGAGAGGAGCUGAAGAAAAAAUGUUUAUUAUUGUUUAUUUAUUCUGUAUUUUUGAUUGAGGAAAGUCAGGCUUAAUGCUAGUGUGUGAAGUAUCCUCCCAGAUUUAUCCUUUCCCACUCAGAAGCAAAAGUAUGCUAUGUGCAAACAGCAUAUAACCAGAACCAGAUUUUAUGCUGUUUGCUGCUCAUCAGUAUCUAAUAAUUGGAAAUGAAGCCUUUAAAACUUAAAUUACCGCAAGUAAGAGUAAGAAAGGUCUUAAAUUAAUUUUAACUUCCAGAGGGAAAACAUAUGUGUAAAAAUACGUAUCUAAGUGGUAAAGGGUUAAGCUCAGUUUUCACAGAGAGAUCUGCUCGUAUCUAAGUAGGUUAUUGAGAUUGUUACACUAAACUUAACCUUCUUUACCACCACUCAAGUGUUGUAAGUGACUCUGAUUAGUUCUAUAUUGACCCUUUAUCACUUAGAUAGAAUACGUAUUUUGACGUGUUUUAAGUCCCUUGGAAAGUUAAAUUUAAUUAAAGAACUUUCUUGCUUGAUUCAAGAUUUAAGGGUUUCAUUUCCAACCUAAAGAUACUGAUGAGCAGCAAACAGCAUAAAAGCUGAACAAACUGUGAGUUUCUCAUGUUGUUUGCACAUAUUUUAGUAAUUUUCACUUUGCCUCUGAGUGGGAAAGGGUUAAACUGUGUUUGUUUCUGAUACCAAAAUGUGAUUAAGAUAAUAUUGUUGACGUGCAUUGUUUACUCUAGUGUGUACAUUCAGAUAAUCUCAUUGAUGUUAAUGUUUCAUGAAAAUAAUAAAAUAGCUGUUUUGAGUUC